UGCAUUAUUUUAAAUAAUUUUCUACUAAUCUUGAUUAUUUAUUGGAUUAUUAUUAUUAUGUGUAAUAUAGUUCAAACACACAUGCCUCACAUGUAAUGCAAAGUGUGGAGAAUGGUGAUAAUGCAAAUGGUUGGCAAGUAGGCUUAACACACGAACAUGUAUGUAAUACACAAAAACAAGGCCGACGACAUGUGCGAGGUUUUAAUUCAACACUCCAAAUUCAGUACAUCUUUGGAUCCACAUCCCGUUAUUACUUCAUUACACUAAACACUUUCCAAAAAGAAAAACAAAACAAAAGUUUAUAUAAUAAGCUUAAGAGGAAUAUAUGCAACUCUCACAAAGUUUUAAUGUUAUAGGUAAGCUUUAAUAAAUAGCAGUAUUUUUGAUAAAAUUGUAAAUUUAGAAAACCUAAUUUUUAAUUACAAUAGACAAACUUAAAAUUCUUGUAUGAUAUUGUUUGUUACUAAAAAUGUAUUUCCAAUGCAUUUGUCAACGAGUAAAAUGGUUUAAGAAUAAUAGAUAAUGAAUAAGAAUUUAAUUUUAUAAUUAUGCAAGGAAAUAAAUACAAAAUGAUAAAUUUAAGACAAAGCAACACCAAAUCUCUAAAUACGAUCUGUUAUUUAAAACGAUGUCGUUUUGAUUUGAACGACGUCGUUGAUGAGAUAUAUUCGUCAAUAUAUUAGCGGGUCAAAUAAUUAUUACUAUUUGACUACUACCGCGAGGUUAGUCAAAAGUAGAUUCGGUCUUAAAUACUAAAUUUGGAAAAAUAUCUUAAUUGUUUUCAGAUUUGUAUAGGUAUAAAGAUCACCAUUGCUUGGAUGAGAAAGCUCAAUUCUCCCAAAUAAGUAUAUGUGAUUACAAGGAAAACAAAAAUUAGGCUGAAGACUAUGAUAUUAAAAUUACUUGAGAAAAUAAAUAAGAAACAGAGGAAAAGGUGAAGGAAAAAGUCUCUCCGUUUUCUUCGUCAGCCUUCCUUUCUCCUUUUCCGUCUCUCCUUUGGCACCGAACCAAAAACAAAGCAAAGGCAGAAGACAACAAACCACUACCAUCACAAACAAUGCCUGCGUUGAACAACUUUUCCGCCGCCGAGAAAAAAGACGACCAACUUGGUCGUACCACACAAGCUGAGGAGAAAGAAGAAGAUCCGGACCACAUGGAUGUAAUGGAAGAAGAAGGUUCCAAGGAGAGAAGUUCAUCUUCUACAUCAGAAGAGCAAUCAGAAUCAGAAUUUAUAGAAGGUAUUGAUCUAGAGGAUAUCCGUAAGUACGUGCAGUGUCCUAUAUGUUUAGGAAUUAUAAGGAAAACAAGGACUUUCAUGGAAUGUCUCCAUCGGUUUUGUCAAGAGUGCAUUGAUAAGUCAAUGAGAUUUGGGAACCAUGAGUGUCCUGCUUGUAGAAAACAUGUACCCAGCCGACGUUCAUUAAGACCCGACCCCAAAUUCGAUGCUUUUAUUGCAGCUAUAUUCGGAAAUGUCGAUAGUAAUGAGGAGCAGGAUUUGGCUUUUGAUGAAGAUGAGUUGGCUCGUAAUAAGCAGUUUCAAGCAACUAUAGCUCAAGUAUCGCAGAGACAAUCUGAGGCCCUUGUGAAGUCUUCUGGUAAAGAUGCAGGGGUCUUACCGAGAUCACAGCCUAGUGGUAGUGGCUCCAGAAGAAGGAGGAGGAACAGCAGAAACAUGGUGCAUGAUACAUCACAAGCCGCCCAUGAUGAUGAUGGUGAUAACAACAGAGUCAACGCUUCGUCUUCUGCUAAAAUACUGCCGAGAAAAAGAAAUAGGCGCUCUGCAACUCGUUCUACAGCUCACCCUUCUUCUUCUUCAUGUCCAAGCAACAAUGAUAAUAACUGCGCUAAUAAUGUCACAGAGGAGGCGCAUCAUAGAGACAGCAGAGGCAUAGCACAUGGGUUUGCAUGGGGAAAAGGCGGCAGAAGGAGUAACGCAAGGCAAGCGAAUAAUAACCAAGGAGCUAGUAGUAGUAAGAGUGUUAGGAAUGCUCGCUUGAACAGACUUGUGGAUUAUCUCAGUACCUUAGAGAGUAACAGUGUCUAGGUAACAAAAGAAAUUGCAUUUUCUUGACCUGUGUCUAAAGAUUGCAGAUGAUAAUAUUAAUGUUUUGGUUUUGUAAAAACUUAAAUCUGCACUGCAGUUGGAUUUGGCUGAGAAAUAUUUGGUUGUUUA